UUCUCACUGUGUAGUUCAGUGAAGGAGUACUGGCUGUGCCUGGUAACAUAAGUCGUACAGUGGGCUUAUCUCCACAACGUCCCUGUCUUGCCUGAGAGGAGGACUGCCCUACUUUCUCCCCAAGCCCUCUAAUGCCAAAAGCGACCACGGAGGAACUAGCCUGAACAAGAACAUGUGCAUCACCAUGGCAAACGUCUGGCGCCACUUUAUGCUUCUCCUGUGCUUGACCAUCUCUGCAAAUCUUCUCCAGCUCACUGAUUUCAAAGUUUCCCCAGAAAAAGGCACGGCUGGGGUGUUCCUGCUCUCAUCCACCCCCAAAGAGUACGCCCUCAAUGCAUCUGCAGCCCGGGACAUGUGUCAGCUCCUGGGGAUGACCUUGGCCAAUCGAGCUCAUGUGCAAAACGCCCAUGCUCAUGGUUUGGAGACCUGCAGGUACGGAUGGAUAGAGGAGCGAAUUGCUGUUAUCCCCCGGGUUACAUCUUCCGCCAGUUGUGGUCGCGGUGGUAUUGGGGUCAUAAUUUGGCGAACAGAGGCCAACAGGAAUUUCGAUGCAUUCUGCUUCAACGGAACAGAUCCGAAGGUGCAUCUGGCAUCCCCAGCAGCAAACAUCUCACAAAGGACAGAGUCCUCAUCUACUCCCUUGUCCUUACACCCAUCUCCUCCACACAUCCCCCGUUCCACAACUCUCACCCCUAAUGGCUCCACUCCGCUCUUCAUCCCCUCUGCCUACUUGUCUACUUCAAUACCAGGAUGCACAGACACGGCAACGCCCACAAUGAGCAGCGACAAGCCGUCAGAUGUUUUCUUGGCUGUACUCAUCCUCAUCCUUACCGCUGCACUGCUGAUGCUAGUUACUGGACUGUUCUACUGCAGAAGAAAGGGAAGCUGGCCCCAGUUCUGUAUGAGGGAUCUGCAGAGAGAGAACAAGGACACAGAGGAGCUGAAGCCAUCCGGGAAACAGGAUGCAGGGGGGGACCGAGUGGAGUUUGAGGUGGAUGGGAAUUCAAAUGACAUCAGUCUGUCUGUGGUCCCUGACAUGGAGCCCCCGUCACCCUGAGGGCAGCGCAACCUGCAACGGGAAAUUUCAGGAACAAAGGAAGUGAAGUUCAUUUUUCCAGAACUACAGGAGUGCACAAUCAGUGCACAACAAGUGUACUCUAAGUGUAAGCAAGGUCUGAGCUAUAGCCGCUGCAACUGCGUGUGAUAUACGGAUUACAUUCUUUUUUUCCUGAAGGAUUGAAGGAUUGUGAUCGAGGACUUUACUAUUUUAGGUCCAAAGACUGGCCUUGUUGUUGGGCCAGGUACUUAAUCUGAAUUGUUCCAGUAAAUUAUACAUGUAUCAAAGGGCAAAUUUGCAAGUUUGGUCUGAGCAUCAAAGAAGGAGAAUUAACACCAGCUUGGAGUUUCUGUACAGGCCUGUUACUGCAGCUAGAGUGGCAGAAGGACAGUGAGUGGAAUGCAUGUCUGCUUCACAUCACGCCAGAAAAUGGCAUUUGAAAACUGUUUGGGGUCUACCAGCCAGCCACAGGGAAACAUGAUUCUGAGGUAUACAGCUGCUACGGAGGACAUAAAAUCACACUCAGAAUGUGAGCCUGCACUGUGUUCGGAGCAGAUUAUAAAGUUCUGGCCUGUACUCAUUUCCGCAGCCUGUUUAUUAAAAGUUCUGGUUAGAUCAUUUAUAUGAUUGAAAGUUUCCCAUGUAAUGGUCCGCUCAGAGACAUGGAGAUGGCCCAAAAGGCAACUCGCACAGGCAGAGCCUCCUGAGUAGAUUUUGAGGAUUUGAUCUGUGGCAAAUUUUGCCGACCGCUCAGUAUAUUUCACAGACAUAUAUUUUUGGGCCCCUAAGAAGUGCGGGGCCCGUGAUUCUGUAAAGGUAUCCGGGCCCCUCGGAUACCCCUGCAUGCAAGUCCCAUCCGUGGCAACCAGGUCAGACAGCUGAGCAUCCGAUGUGAGACGAUUUCUGAAGGAAUAAAAGCCAUGACUCUUCUUUUCUGUAAAGGUCAUGUUACUUAUGCUGUGCUCCUGAAUUUGCAUAGAAACUUGAUGAUGGCCUGACACCACACUGGAGAGAUCUGGGGCUGGGAUAUACUGUCAAAAAACUGUAAUCAUUUACAUCUGCUAGGCUUCUGGGAGAGCAAUAAGUUACUUUAUUAAGUUUUCAAUAAAUGUACUGAACAACA